AUGCAUCUCCAGAUAGUCAUAGCUUUAAGUGCUAUCCUUUAUGUGAUGCCAAACUGCCAAGGUUUAAGCAGUACGCGCAGCCAAAUGAGUUACCAGCGAACCAUUACACUCACAAGCUUUAGGGCAGCUACAAGCCCAAUCUAAAACAGAAAAAACUAGUCGAAUAGUUGACCAAUAUAGAGUGAGACAUCGGAGAGAGUAUUCGAUUCAAAUUCGUUUGAAUCGAGUUUGACAUGGGCACAUUCGGAGAGACUGGAUCAGAAUGGCGACGUGAUUAUUCGAUGGGUGAAUACUGACUCGAGCAUAACCUUCAGAUUGGAGGCUAAAACUCUUGGCUACGUCGGUUUGGGUUUCAAUUCGGCGAGGAAUAUGAGAGGUGCGGAUCUGGUGGUCGCUUGGGUGGAUGACAGGAAUGGCAUCGCGCAAAUUUUGGAUUGUUACGGCUCCGAAUUCGAAGACCGAGCGAUUGCAGACGACGUGAAGAACUACGAACUGAUAACAGGGUAUCAGAAUGACACACACACUACUGUGGAGUUUAGGAGACAGCUUGACACUUGCGACAAACAGGACUUUGUUAUUGGGGAUGACACAACGCAAAUCCUUUGGGCCCUGGGACCGAACGAUUCGGAUGGACAGCUACCGAAACAUGUGAAGAGUGGAGCCAGGCCGUUGAGGCUUCUACAGCCUGUAUCAAAACCUGAAUCUAUACCUCUUAAUCAUUGGGAUGUUAGGUUGACUAAUCUGACAAUCCCUUACGUAAUGGCAACCCUGUUUUGGUGCAAGAUCUUCAAAGUGCCUGACCUACCGAAGAAGCACCACAUAAUAGGCUACGAACCACUGAUUGACAGCCGACCUAUCAGAAAUAAUACUCCUGUACAAGAUCCUAGCAGUAUGUCGCCAGUCCAUCACAUGGUCCUUUAUGAGUGCGUCGAUGACGAUGACCGGCAUCUAUGGAAUGCCUGGGCUGAAGGCGAUGGGUACUUUGGUCCUAAUAGGCCGAGUGCCUGGGCGACCUGUGCUACUCCUAUUGCGGCUUGGGCUAUUGGGUCUCGAGGUGAAUUCCUUCCUGAAAACGUCGGAAUACCGCUGGGUGAGAAAGGGGGCGUCUCCUACUACAUGCUUGAGAUUCAUUAUGAUAACCAGGAACUGCAUAAUGUCCUCGACAGCUCAGGUAUCCGAGUCCACUACACAUCAGCUCUAAGACAACAUGAUGCCGCACUCCUCGGCGCCGGUAUUGGGGUGUCAGCCCUCCACGUGAUUCCACCCAAACAGAAGCACUACAGAACUGUUGGAAUAUGCAGCACUGAAUGUACUCAAGCGACUUUACCUGAAGAAGGAGUAAACAUUGUGUCAGUUCUCCUCCACGCUCAUGGCACAGCAAGGAAGAUUUCUCUAAAACAUAUCAGAGGCAAUCAAGAACUACCAAGAAUAUCAGAGGAAAAUUCAUAUGACUCCCAUUACCAGCAGUCUCGCAUUGUUCCUCGUGGAAGGAAAUUCAUGAGAGGAGACACUUUGAUCACUGAAUGCACAUACGAUAGUACUUCAAAGGAUAAACCUAUAUUGGGAGGAUAUUCCGCUAAACAGGAAAUGUGCCUAUCCUUUAUCCUAUACUAUCCAAGAACGGACCUGGCUGGCUGCUACUCGAUGACACCUGUUAAAGAAUUCUUCGAAACGUUUGGAGUUAAACAUUUCUAUGGACUGAGCUUUACACAGGUCGAGAAUAUCUUCCUUUCUUCUGGAACCUUCGAGAACCUACCAAUGCUGCCGCUGUCGGAUGCUGAGGCCUCGAAGCACGCGAUGAACGACACGAACGCUGAGCAAGGAGUUCAGGGAGAUGACCAAGGAGUCGGCUUGAUGAAGGAACUGGUGAUCUGGGAGCCUCCGGAAUUCCGCAACAAGUCGUUCAUGGCGCACCUGAACGAGAUGCCGUGGGCUGAGCCACUGUUAACCGAACAAAUUGAGAAGACGCUCUACAAAGGCAUGCACAUGACCUUCUGUAAGAAGAGGGACGAUAGUCUAGGAGUGCCUAUACAAAUACAGAGCUACCCGAACUACACAGAAUUAACGGAUAAUGAAACAUCAGAGAAGUCCUGUCACUAUAAAAGCGUGAAUUUACCGUCGGUUACAAAAACGUCAGGUUCACAAACCAGUCGGUUUAGUUGGUUGACGAUAGCAACCCUUUGCACAAUACUGGUUGUUGCACGGUAA